GAGAUGGGAGGUGCCUGUCAGGGAGGAAAAAUAAACGCAGUGAGCAGAGCUCCACACCCUGAAGGGAAGGAGAAGUUUCACUGCAUUCCUAUCCUGCAACUCAACUUUGAAUCAACCAUCUGCAAGGACAGAUCCGUAGUGUGUAAGUGUGUGUGUUUAGGUCUGUGUUCAGGACCCCUGACCAGGCCCCACCUUUAUUUCAGGACAACUGUGUGUGUAUGUUCGUGUGUGUGUUGUCUGUGCUAUUGUGUGUGUUCAAACAUCACACUGGAGGGGGUGUGGGCCAGCUAUCCACAUACGCCUAUUGACCUAUACCUCAGCGCCCUGUCAGGGAGAUGAUGACAUCACUAGGUGAUAAAGGUGAAGGCCACAGGGAGACAACGGCAUUGCUGGGUAAUGAAGAUAAAGGCUCCGUCCAAACCCAGACGAGGGUCCUGAACCAGGGCUCCUGGACGCAGGUCAGCUGUCCCUGCUGUGUGUCUGAGCAGGUGGAGCCCCUGGUCCUCAUUCAGCUUUCAGACAACAUCCAGCCCGUCACCAAGAGGUGGCUCAUCUCCCUGAUCGAGGUGUCCGAGAGAGACGGAGGUGCAGCGUUGCUGGCCCACCCUGGAGAGGAUGAGUGUGGGGAUGUGAUCGUGGUGUCUGCUCCUCGCUGCACCCUCCUCAGAGCCACAGAGGACUUGGGUCUGUGUAAGAAAUACCACAAUGGAGACAUGGUUGCUUUCUCCUACAAUGACAGAGACAACUUCAGAAAUGUUGAUGACAUGCAGGAGUUCCUGACGCUAGCGGAGCGUCAGUGCAUAGUCAAGUAUGAGCUGGACUUUCUAAGGGCCCAGAAGGGGCAGAAAAUCCCUGGAGUCCCUGAGUCUCAGGGGGUCCUGAAGGCCAGGGAGAACAUUUGUCAGAAGCUAGAGAAGGCGGGAGUGAUAAAGGACAUCUUCCCCCUGCAUGACAAGCAGAGACUGACAGACCUGUGCAGAAACUGGUACUCUGGGAAGCAGAUAUGGGGACAGCCUCUUGACUCUAUCCAAGCCUACUUCGGAGGCACCGUGGGGUUUUACUUCAGCUUUCUGGACUUCUACACCUGGGCUCUGGUACCCCCUGCCAUCCUAGGCCUGGUGCUGACCUUUCUGCUGCCUGGAGGUGGAUCAGGAGCUGGAGUUGUGAAGGAGCAGGCUGGGGGGGUGGUAGAGGUGGACGACAGCCCCUCGGUCAGUGGUCACAUGGUACAGGCCGUGUUCAGCAUGUUGUGGUCCACGCUGGUCAUGGAGUUCUGGAAGCGACGCAGCUCCUCCCUCUCCCACAGCUGGGGCUUGCUGCACCUGGCCGAGCGCUUCGCUGAGCCCCGCCCUGGUUUCCACGGCACCCUGGGGAUCAACCCUGUGACCGGGCGGCUGGAGCCCCUGUUCCCGGAGUGGCAGAGGCAGCUGCGUGUAGGGCUGGUGUCUGUGCCCCUGGUGGGGUUCUUCCUGGGGAUGGUGGUGCUGGGUAUGACAGGGUUCUACCACGGAGAGGCACUGGCACAGGGCUUCCAUCAGGACAGCGGCUCCCUGUUCUCUGGAUCUCUGCUCUACCUGCCCUCUGUGGCUCACAUCGUCUACACCAACAUGCUGGGGAAUGUGUACCGCACUGUGGCCAUGCAACUCACCGAGUGGGAAAACCACAGAGAGGAGUCCUCCUUCCAGAACCAUCAUACCACCAAAGUCCUCUUGUUCACUUUCUUCAACUACUUUGCUGUGCUAUUUCACAUUGCCUUCUACAAACAAGACCUUCCACUUCUAAGGAAGAGGCUUGCGUCUCUGCUAAUCGUGACCCAACUGGUGAACCAGUGUACAGAGGUGGUGGUGCCGUUCAUAGUGGACCGCUUCUUCAGUGCUCCUCAGAAGAAGCAGCAGGAGGAUGACCCAAAUGUGGACAAACUCAGAGCCCAGAGAAGCCUGCCCCCUUUUCCAGGCCUAUUUGCUGAGUACAUUGAGUUGCUGGUGCAGUUUGGGUAUUUGAGUCUGUUCUCCUGUGUGUACCCGCUCACCGCCGUCCUCCUGCUCCUCAACAACGUCACAGAGAUCAGAGCAGAUGCAUACAAGAUCUGUAAACUGUUCCGAAAACCCUUCUCAGCCCCUGUGUCCAACAUAGGAGUGUGGCAGACAGCGUUUGAGGUUCUGGGGUUUGUUUCAGUUAUGUCUAACUGCUGGCUGUUGCUACUGUCUCCUCGGGUCCGGGAGUUCUGUCUGGAGGGAGGGAUUAGCGGCAGAAACAUCAUUCUCUUCGCCAUUCUGGUCGAGCAUGUCCUGAUCCUGGUCAAGAUGAUUCUUGCUUUUAUGAUCCCAGACGAACCAGACUGGGUCAGAAUCAAGAGGGAACAGAUUGAGUUUCACUCCAUGCAAGCUCUUGGGCAGCAGAAGCUCUAAAGGUUGUGGAACCCCCCAGUGGUGGAAAAGUACUCAAUUGUCAUACUUGAGUAAAAGUAAAGAUACCUUAACA